AUGGCAGGAGCACCCUCUCUCUGUGCCCUGCUGCUGCUGCUGUUUCCUCUGGGCACUCUGCAGGCAGGGGGUCAGCAGGUCCCCCAUCAUGAGGCACAGGCUGCACCCCCACCCCCACCUCCGCCCCGGACCCUGGUCAGCCACAAUGAAAACCCCAGCGAGGAGCAGUCGAACCAUGACGUCACCAAAGUGGUCGUCUUCAUCGCAGCCUCCAUCGGGAUCUUUGUCCUGAUGGUUGUUGUUUACUGCAUCUACAACCAGUUCUACACCAAGCAGCAGUACCAGCACACACAGCUGAACGACCAAGAUUUCCCGUCAGGCCUGUAUGAUCCUCCCCCGGUCUUCUUCCAUGGCUCCACCUUCUCCAGUGCUUCAGAUGUUCGUAAGUGCGGAUACGGCUCUCUGUCUGCGUCUGCGUCCAUCAUCUCAGUGCCCCCCAGCCUGUCGCCCCCACCCCCGCCCCGCGCCCUGCCCUUCCCUCCGCCUUUUGUCUCCUCUCACUCCCUCAGGACCAUCUCAGCCCGGGACCUGCAGAGGGGCUGCAGCUGA